AUGGAUUGGAAGCUCGGCUGGCGAAUUGUCGCAUCUGACUGGGCUCGCUGGCCGGGUUCCCACCAUGCCGAUGGCCAGGCUCGAGCCCAGUCCUUAUUCUGUGAUCCGGAAGCCGAGCGGCAUCGUAAAAUGCAUCAACCAGACGCGCCACCUGCAACGUGA